UUCCCUGUAUCGAUCGGCUCUGCGCGCAUACAUCCCGCGUCGGUUCGGACACCUACAGACCUCAGCCUCCUUUCACAUUAUUUUAACAAAAACCGCACAAAUAUGUUCAAAAUUAAGAAAAAAAUACGCUCUUCGUAAUCAAAAAGUGUUCCGAGUGUUCUAUUCCAAAUUUAAAAGAGGCAGUGUUCCGAAAGGAGUUAUGGCACACACAAUGGAGUCGGUUUAAAUAAUUUAAAUUUAGAAUUAGUAAAGAAGUCUUCCAAAUUAGAUUAAGAUAAUAAAUCUAUAAGCUUGUUACGUAAUUAAGAUAUUUGUGUUAUUUAAAAGAUAUACAAAUUGUGAUUAUUAGGAAUAUUAUAUAAUACUCCAUUUUGAAUAAAAGAUCAAAAUGAAUAUAGGGAGAUUUAAGUUACCACCGAUUAAGAAUGUACUGGAUGUGGCAAUGCAGACAGUGCGACAGCAAGUACCUGAGAAGCCUGGAACUUCAACUCGUCCACCGCAAAAUGUUCGAUUCGCUAACGCAGACAUGGGAGAGAGCUGUGAACUGUCAACGAUGAACGAGGUAGCAUCUCCGUCGUAUCAAUCUACGAACCCAACAAAUCCGUUCCUAAGCGGUCAACUUCAGGCUGAAGAAUCCUUCACCAGUUAUCAAAACACCUACCCACAACAGGAUGGUGCGCCGAGAACUCAAAGCAUGCAGAGCGUUGACUUCUACGCUUCAUCAGAAGAGGGUGGAUUCGAAGAAGGUGGUGGAAGUCCAGGAGCUAAAAUAAAUGAGUUCCAAGCUGCUUGGAACGUUACAAAUGCAAUUCAGGGAAUGUUUGUCGUCUCCCUUCCAUUUGCUGUUCUCCAAGGAGGGUACUGGUCGAUUGCAGCCAUGAUCGGUAUUGCACACAUCUGUUGCUACACUGGUAAGAUUUUGGUUGAAUGUCUCUACGAAGAUGAUCCAGUUUCCGGGCAGAAAGUACGUGUUCGAGAUUCCUACGUAGGCAUCGCUAAAGAAUGUUUCGGAAGAAAAUAUGGUGCUAAAAUAGUAAAUAUCGCUCAAAUUAUAGAACUGGUGAUGACAUGUAUACUGUAUGUAGUCGUUUGUGGUGAUCUACUCAUUGGCACCUUUCCAGAUGGCACAAUCGAUACACGAUCUUGGAUGAUGCUGACCGGAAUAUUUCUUCUGCCUUUGGCAUUCUUGAAAUCGCUUAAGAGCGUGAGCAUGCUUUCUUUCUGGUGCACAAUGAGCCACUUAAUAAUAAACGCUAUAGUUCUUGGUUACUGCAUCUUAUACAUUGGUGAAUGGGGUUGGUCUAAAGUCAAAUGGAGUCUUGAUUUCGAAAAUUUCCCAAUAAGUUUGGGAGUUAUUGUAUUCUCUUAUACGUCGCAAAUAUUUUUGCCAACUCUAGAAGGUAACAUGGAAGAUCGAUCUAGGUUUGAAUGGAUGUUGAACUGGUCUCAUAUCGCCGCUGCUGCGUUCAAAUCGAUUUUUGGCUAUGUAUGCUUCUUAACAUUUCAAAACGACACCCAACAGGUCAUUACAAAUAAUCUACGCUCAUCUGGUUUCAAGGGAUUGGUAAACUUUUUUCUUGUUAUCAAGGCAGUCCUGAGUUACCCUCUACCGUUUUACGCCGCAUGUGAUUUGUUAGAGCGUGUUCUUUUUAGGGGUCGACCUAAGACUCCUUUCCCAUCGAUUUACGCAUUGGACGGCGAACUGAAGGUGUGGGGACUUGCUUGGAGGCUUGGUGUGAUAAUGUUCACCAUUUUAAUGGCAGUUUUCAUUCCACAUUUCCUGAUCCUGAUGGGUUUCAUCGGUAGCUUUACCGGAACUAUGCUGAGUUUCAUUUGGCCAGCGUAUUUCCAUAUCAAACUGAAGGGCAACCAACUCGAUAGUACCACUAUCGCUUAUAAUUACUUUAUUAUUGGCUUGGGAGUUCUCUUCGGGAUUAUCGGUAUGUACGACUCUGGCUCUGCCCUCGUGAAGGCAUUCAAGAUUGGCCUGCCGUUUUAAACGUAGUGUUUUAGAAAAUUAUUGUUGAUCUAUUUUUAGAAUAACUCAUAUUAUUAUAAAUGUCUUAUAUUUACUUAACUGCAUAUCUUAAAAGAAGGAAGUUAUGCUAAUGUUUGUAGUUUGAUGUGAUUUUGUAAUUUAGGCAUGUUGUACCUACGUUUAAGAUUUUGAAAUAAUUGUUGCGUAAUCCAAGUUGUCUUCCAAACUUGACCUAGAUAAAGUUAUAUUAUAAUCAUUGUUUAGAUAAAAUGUCUAUGCUAUAUUUAUAUUUAAUCUUUUAGUAUUAAGAUUAAUCUUGAUGUCUUCCAUUUAAAAUUGUGUCUUCAUCAACGAAGUCUUCCAUUAUUGUGACUAUAUUAUUACUAAUGUUAUAAAUUAUUAAUUUACAAAAUGAACCAUUAUUUAUAUAAUGCCUAUCCAUAUACAUAAAUAUUACGAAAUGUUGAUGCUUUAUAAGUUUAUGCGUAUACUAAAAUGAAUACCAUUUAUUCCAGUUGCAUCUUAAGAAAGCUUAAAUAGCAAAAUUUAGGGUAUGUUCCGAUAUGCACUGCGCCCACUGUACAGUGUGACGUCAAUUUAGUAUACUGUGAAGCCGUUUCUUUAUAGCCAGUUAUACUGGUUACUGUUUAAAACGGAACGCAGUCCCGUAUACUGUCACCCGCAUUUUUUGACGCAGCAUUCAAAUGAGUGUAUUAAAGUUUUCUAGUUUAUUAAAAAAAACCGUUGUUGGAGUACUGUCAAAUUAAAAAUAUUUGGGAUUAAACUGUAGGUAUUGUUUAUAAAACGUUAGGCACUCGAUCGGUUUUGGCUGAUCACGUGAUCAAAGUACUGCGAGUACCUUACCUCGAAAACGCCAGUGCUCACGGCUGAAUAUGGCGGCGAUUUAUGGCGUCAUAUAUUUCCCUAGGUUACUGCGGCAGUAUACUGGCAGUCCAUAACGGAACGAAGUUUUCUCCAGUGAUAGCACUGUGCAGUGCUCGCAGUGCAUAUCGGAACAUACCCUUAAUGUAUUGGGUAAAAAGACAAUAUAAGUAGAUAUUUAAAAGGUAAUAUUGAUUUUGAACAAUAAAGACAAUAAUGAACUAUACUAUAUUGUAGGCAACAAAAAAUUAAAUACUUUUUAUAGCAUUUUUCACAAAGACACAUUUCAUACCUUUAUUAAUAAAUUGUGUUUUUUAUUGUAAUAUCUACAUUCCUUAGACUUUAAAGAUACUUUAUAAAAUACUUUGUUUUCUUUUAUAAUUGUUGCUAAAUUGUAUAUUUACAUAAUAAUUUUAUAUGAAUAUUAAUAUCUAUAAAACAGUAACGGAUUAAGCUUACGCGGGCCCGUAGCAAAUUCUUUCAAUGAGCCCUUGGUAAUAGUUACUGAGUGUCUGACGCGGAUUGUCUCAGUAGCAAAAGUUGUAAAGUUUCACGUUUUUGCCACAUCAAGAAAGUCAAUAAGUUUCUUUCAAAUAAUUAUGCUCAGACAGAGAUGAGUGGGACAUGCGGGGCCCCCUUUUUCCAAUUGCUACACUUGCUAUAUGGCUAAUCCGACACUGCUAUAAAAUCUCCCACAUAUAUAAAUAUGUGGGAGAUGUGAUAUGGCAAUAAUGCCAUUUUAUCCAAGUAACUGAAAAUAUUUCGAUUUGAAAUUUUCUUACCAACUUUAUUUAUUCAUUAUUGUUACUUGAACAGCACACACACAUUUUACACAUAAAAUAACCUAGACAUAGCUACCAUAUCAUUACUAUCUGUGACUUGGUUAUUACUAUGUUUCAUUUCCUGUGUAUGUUUAAUAGCUCUCAUUUUUUUUAUUUGAUCUAGUAUGUAUACUAUAAAUAUGUCCGUAUUAUGUUAAAUCGUAGAUUGGGGCUUCCACUAUAUGUAAUAAAUACUAAAUUCUGUUGGCCGAAAGAUCAAUAUUAUGAUACCUAUUUCUUGCGAUGGCACGUGUCGCAUAAUUAUCGCAUUGUAUAAGGCAGUGUGGCUUUCCGUCGCGGUUUUUUAAUUUGUGGUACGGAGGAUCGAACUCGGAUCGUUGAAGCGCAACGCGUCUGGUGAUUGGCCCAGAAUAAGGGCUACACUACGCUUUCACUGGGACACCACAGUGGCCCGACCGUGGUGUCCGUAAGCUAUCAAACUAGACACCAUACAGACACAUGAGUGUCCGUCCGAACUGGUCUCGCCAACAAAUAGAUUGCGCAACCAAUCGGAUACCAGGUGUGUAACUGUCUAUAGAGCUGUAUACAUUUUGUUUGUAGCGGCGACUGGUUGUGCCACUGUAGUGUCCGUAAGCUACCAAACUAGACACCAUACAGACACCAGAGUCAUGACACGUCCGAACUGGUCUCGCCAACAAAUUGAUUGCGCAACCAAUCGGAUACCAGGUGUUUAACUGUCUAUAGAGCUGUAUACAUUUUGUUUGUAGCGGCGACUGGUUGUGCCACUGUGGUGUCCGUAAGCUACCAAACUAGACACUAGAGUCAUGACGCGUCCGAGCUGGUCUCGCCAACAAAUUGGUUGCGCAACCAAAUGGACACCAGAUGAGUAACUUUCUACAAACCUAUAUAUACAUAGCUUGUUGGUAGCGGCGAUUGGUUGCGCCACCGUAGUGUCCCGUAAAAAAGUAGCCCUUAAGCGACGCGGUAGAAUAAAUUGUAAGAUUGUUGAAAUUUGUAUUUUAUUAAUAUAAAAUCUUGGCCGACAGAGUUUAAGAGAUAAAAGCUGCAGAUGCAAUAAUUGUUUAAUAAAAUAAUAUGUAUUGUGAUGAUUCAAUAAAUAUUUA